CUCUAGCCCCAAAUACUUUUGCUUGGUCUGCUGUUGGUGGUCUUGUUCCUCCUCCUCCUCCUCCACCAGCAAGGCCACCUACAAAGACAAGUCUCCUGAAGUUCCCCAAGAUUUGAAAAUUUUAGGGACGUUCGUUGUGAUUCUAAGGUAGUUCUUGAUUGAUGAUAUGUCUGCUGCGGAGUCGAGCUCAGUCGCAGCAGCUGACCACGCUCAUCGCACCAACUUCAAUGGAGUCCUCUCUCAUGGCGGCCGGUACGUGCAGUACAAUAUAUACGGAAACCUUUUCGAAGUUUCCAGGAAGUAUGUUCCCCUCCGGCCCGUCGGACGCGGCGCUUAUGGCGUCGUCUGCGCGGCUAUGAACUCGGUGACAAAUGAGGAAGUUGCCAUAAAGAAGAUUGGGAAUGCAUUUGACAAUAGUAUCGACGCGAAAAGGACAUUACGGGAGAUAAAACUCCUCAGCCACAUGGAUCAUGAUAAUGUAAUUAUGAUUAAAGACAUCAUAAGGCCUCCUCAGAAGGAAAACUUCAAUGAUGUGUACAUUGUUUAUGAGCUAAUGGAUACUGAUCUUAAUCAAAUUAUUCGAUCUAACCAGCCAUUGGCUGAUGAUCACUGUCGGUACUUCCUUUACCAAAUAUUGCGUGGGCUCAAGUACAUUCAUUCUGCGAAUGUGUUGCACCGAGAUCUGAAGCCCAGCAAUUUGCUCCUGAAUGCUAAUUGUGACCUGAAGCUUGGAGACUUUGGGCUUGCGAGGACAACAUCUGAGACAGACUUCAUGACCGAAUAUGUUGUGACUCGCUGGUAUCGUGCACCAGAACUGCUCUUGAACUGUUCAGAGUACACUGCCGCAAUAGACAUUUGGUCUGUAGGCUGCAUACUUGGUGAAAUCCUGACAAGGCAACCCCUUUUUCCCGGAAGAGAUUACGUUCACCAGUUAAAACUCGUCACACAGCUGAUAGGAUCUCCGGAUGAUGCAAGCCUUGGAUUUCUCCGUAGUGAUAAUGCUCGACGGUAUGUGAAACAACUUCCGCAGUAUCCAAGGGAGCCAUUUUCUAGAAGAUUCCCCAAUUCUUCUCCCGGAGCAGUGGAUUUGCUUGAAAGAAUGCUCGUCUUUGAUCCUAGUCGCCGUAUUACAGGUGCCCCCUCUGCUUUUUACCACAAACAAAGUAUAUUUCCAAACUCAAACCAUUCUGGGGUUAAUAUUGUCUUUAUCAAGUUGUGUUGGUGUUUUGUUUUAAAACCGAAGCUGCAAAUUAAGCAUUCCAUUUCAUCAUCAAGCAAAUAAUAAUAUUUUGUUUACAUAUGUUGUUUUAAUUUAUAUGAUCGAGAAUCUCAGUAAUGUUUGGUGUAAGAACACAUCUGGAGCUCUAUGUU